AAAAUGCGCUUAAUAAUUUUUCCUCGAGGAGAAGGAAGAUAGAGAGGUGAGCAGGGUUUAUGGUCGUGAGAGGGAUAGUUAAGAUUCCUGCUACGAGAACUAUAGCCGGAAUCACGGCAGCGAUGGAGAAGAAAGACUACGCCCACUACAUUCACAAAGAUUCCUGCCGCCUUUCGCGGUGGACGGCGAGGGAGAGCUUCCAAUACAUGUAUGCAAGGCCUUGGCAUAAGGUAUCCGAUUUCUAUCUGGAUUUGGUCCGCGGUGGCGGGUAUUCAUCGCUGUGCAGCCUGUUUUCUUCCGAGAAAAAUAAAUCAAAGUUUGUUUUAGAAUACUGUCAUGGUGAUGAGGAAUCAAAUCUAGUGAAUAUACCUUUUGAAAAAGGGAAAGGCAGGUGUGAAAGAAUAACCUUCAAGAUAGUUCUUUCAUACCAUGGAGUUUCUUUUGAUGGAUGGCAGAAACAGCCUGGUUUAAAUACUGUUCAAGGGUUUGUUAAACUCUUUAGCCUUCAGCUUAAAGAAAGAUCAUUACCAGUGGAAGGCUGCGUUGUUGUAGCUGGACGCACUGACAAAGGGGUGACUGCUCUUCAACAAGUUUGUUCUUUCUAUACCUGGAGAAAAGAUGUUAAAUGUGGUGAUUUGAAGGAUGCUAUAAAUGCAGCAGCCCCAGGAAAACUUAGAGUUUUGUUUAUUUCUGAGGUUCCCCGUGUUUUCCAUCCAAAUUUUGCUGCGAAGUGGAGGCGAUACUUCUAUAUCUUCCCACUGGAGGAAAGUCUGCAUAUUCAAGUCAAUGAUGAUCAGAUGGACCACCCAAGUUGCAAGGAUGAGGAUGAUGGGUUUUUGCAGCAACAAGAGGAACAUAUGGACGGAGACUGUGCAAAUAAAUAUAUUGAUAAUGUCAACAUACAAAUGAAGCCAUCAAGCUUUAGUGUGGAUAAAGUUAACCAGCUUUUAUGCCGGUUAGAAGGAAGGUCUUUGUCUUAUAGAGUCUUUGCACGGGAUACGAAAGCCUCUAGAAGCUCGGGCCCACCAACAGAGUGCUUUAUAUUUCAUGCUCGAGCUGUUGAAAGCAAGCUGCCCUGCAUCAUUAAGGAUUUCACGGAAGAAGUGAAAGUGAUGUGCGUGGAACUCGUUGCAAAUCGCUUCUUGCGUAAGAUGGUUCGUGUGCUCGUUUCCACAGCCAUAAGAGAGGCGGCAGCAGGUGCGGAUGCAGAUGCUCUGCUCAAUCUGAUGAACGCAACAUGCAGGCGCGCCACCGCCCCUCCCGCUCCUCCUGAAGGCCUUUGUCUUGUUGAUGUCGGGUAUGGUGAUUUUAACCAUCAGAUUUCUUCCAUAUUAUAAUCAGCGGUGAGAUCUCGUUUUACAUUUUUAUAUUUACAUUCAUAACAACUUGGUGUCACACAAAUUUCUGCAUGUAAAGCUGUAUUUCACUUUUCAAAAUAUUGUUUUGAUACCUUUGUUUUACAUUUUCAUAUAACUGUAUUGAGCUCAGGAAAGAAGACAAACAUUAAAGAUGGUAAAUAUUGAUCGAGUCCUGUAAAGUAGUUGUUUGUUUCAUAAUUCUGAUUAACUUUUGGGCAA